CAAGCAUGCACCCACCACCCACUCACCAAUGUUCAAUCUCAGCACAUACCCAAACUCCUCUCUCUCUCUCUCUCUCUCUCUCUCUCUCUCUCGCUCGCUCUCUCUCUCUCGCUCGCUCGCUCGCUCGCUGCCUUGUUUUAAACCCUACCUUGCUCUCCUUUUCUCAGCUCCUUCCAAGCAACUAUUCUCUUCUUGUUUUGUCUCUCUAUGUGGAGCGGAGACCCCUUCGUUAGAUGGACACCUUAUUUAGAUUGUUCAGUCCACAAUCUUCCCGUGACCUGAGUCGCAAUUCAAGUAGCUCGAGAUCCUCUGAGCCUCACCAGAUCCAUUACCAGCACUCCUUCUUGCACCAAAACUCCUUUGCUCGUCAGCAAGAGGUGGAGUUCUACCGAGAAGAAUGCGGCACCGAGCAUCACCUUUACAUGGAUGAAGACUUCUCCUCCUCCUCGUCCUCGAAGCACUUCCAGAACCCACAUCAACCUCCCUCAACCACCACCACCACCACCACCACCACGCCAACCCCGACUCCCAUCUUCGAUCCUGCUGACCUGUCCUUGACUCAGGACCUCAACCUCGACUUCGCCUCGCCUUCCUCGUCCUCUGUCGGUGCCUCCGGUGCCGGCCGGAGAUGGUCGUCGCAGCUGCUGAUCGAGUGCGCGCGCGCCGUCGCGGCGCGCGACAGCCACCGGGUGCAGCAGCUCAUGUGGAUGCUGAACGAGCUCUCGUCGCCUUAUGGCGACACAGAGCAGAAGCUAGCGGCUUACUUCCUCCAGGGCUUCUUUGCUCGCCUGACGUCCUCCGGGCCCCGGACGCUGCGUACCCUUUCCGCCGCCUCCGAUCGCAACUGCUCCUUCGACUCUACACGUCGCACCGCGCUCCGGUUCCAGGAGCUCAGCCCCUGGUCCUCCUUUGGUCACGUCGCCGCCAACGGGGCCAUCCUCGAGGCCUUCCUCGAUCCGUCCUCGGCGUCGCAGAGAUUGCACAUACUCGAUCUCAGCAACACCUUCUGCACCCAGUGGCCGACGCUGCUGGAGGCGCUGGCUACGCGGUCCGCCGACGACACGCCCCACCUCUCGAUCACGACGGUCGUGUGGUCGGCCUCGCCGUCGACGGCCGUGCAGACGGUCAUGAGGGAGAUCGGGCAGCGGAUGGAGAAGUUUGCGCGGUUGAUGGGAGUGCCCUUCCGGUUCAACGUCGUCCACCACGCCGGCGACCUGUCGGACCUCGACCUCGACACCCUCGACCUGAGGGAGGGCGACAGCUCGGCCCUGGCCGUGAACUGCAUCAACGCGCUCCACGGCGUCUCCCCCGCAAACCGCCGCCGCGAGACACUCAUCGCCGCCAUCCGGCGCCUCCAGCCGCGGAUCGUGACAGUGGUCGAGGAGGAGGCCGACCUGGAAGGGGGAGGAGGAGGAGGAGGCGAGGAGGAAGGGGAGGCGUUCUUCAAGGUCUUCAAGGAGAAUCUCAGGUUCUUCUCCGCCUACUUCGAGUCGCUGGAGGAAAGCUUCCCAAGGACGAGCAACGAGCGGCUGGCCCUGGAGCGGGAGGCGGGGCGGUCAGUGGUCGACCUGGUGGCAUGCCCCGCGGCGGAUUCAGCCGAGCGCCGGGAUACGGCGGCCGGAUGGUCGAGGAGGAUGCGGUCGGCGGGGUUCGCGCCAGCGGCGUUCAGCGAGGACGUGACGGACGACGUGAGGGCGCUCCUUAGGAGGUACAAGGAAGGAUGGACGAUGCGACCUAUGGCAGAGGAUUCGGAAGACGCAUCCGCCGGCAUAUUCCUGGAGUGGAAGGAGCAGCCGGUGGUGUGGGCGAGUGCGUGGAAGCCGUGAGAGAAGAUGGCGGCGGAGGGAAGAGCGCCGAAGACCAUUUGGCACGUGUGAGGCAGCUAUUUUUUCCUCUUAUUUCUUAUUCGACCCAAAAAAAAAAACGUCGGCACGUGUUUAGAGAUGCAUGCAAUGGAAAUAUGUUAGUACACUAAAAAAAAAAAAAUCACAUUUCUAAGGUUCACAUCACAAAUUAUUUUCA